AUGAGAGACAUAUUUGAAAAACAAUCGUCAUCAUCACCUGAAGCUUCGAAUUAUGCAUCAAGUAGUGGCUUAUCUGGGGAUGAUAAAGAGAUUGGUUAUAGAGCUUCAAUUACAUCAAACCAUCCAUAUCUUUUGGCCAAAAACUCUUAUCUUCUCCAUUUCUUAUCCAACAAAAUUGACCAAAAUUUCGCUCGCAUGGUAAUGGCAGAGGUGUUAGGUUCGUUUAUAUUGAUGUUUUGUGUAUGUGGAAUCAUUGCAAACACACAAGGCCAAAACAAUGCAGCGGGUCUUCUAGAGUAUGCAGCUGCAGCAGGAUUAACAGUGGUUGUGAUAAUUUUCUCUAUUGGCCAAAUUUCUUGUGCACAUGUUAAUCCAGCUAUCACAAUAGCCUUUGCAACAAUUGGUCGAUUUCCCUGGUUCAAGGUUCCUAUAUACAUAAUAGCACAAACGAUAGGUUCUUUGAUGGCAACAUAUAUUGGUAGUCUUGUGUAUGGCAUAAAAUCAGAUAUUAUGAUGACUCAACCGCUCCAAGGUUGCAACUCUGCGUUCUGGGUGGAGCUUAUUGCAAGCUUCAUCAUCAUGUUUUUGGUUACUGCUUUGACAUCAGAACCUCAAUCUGUAUCAGUGGGACAUUUAUCUGGUUUUGUUGCUGGAAUUGCAAUUGGGCUUGCUGUACUAAUCACUGGACCUGUUUCAGGUGGAUCAAUGAAUCCAGCAAGAUCACUAGGUCCAGCAAUUAUGUCAUGGAAAUUUAAGGACAUUUGGAUAUACAUUCUAGCCCCAAAUUUAGGAGCUGUGGCAGGAGCACUAAUGUUUCGUUUCCUACGUCUUCAAGACCAACAUUGCAAUUCUCCAAACAUGAGUGAAGUUGGUCAUCCCAUACCCUUUUGUGCAAGUUAG